GCUGUGACGCCCAUCAUCGUAUCCGAGGACGAUCCGUCGUCCAUCGACACCAUGCUGUGGCUGUAUGCGCUGGUGUGUGUUGUGUUGGCGUUGCCUGUGAUUACGUUGCAGUCCCAUCCGCCUACUCCGCCCUCGGCCUCGUCGGCCACAUAUCGCGAGACGAACAAAGACUUCGUCGACGGUCUGAAUGUGAUCAGUCGUUCGUACGCAUACCUGAUGCUCGUGCUUAUCUUUGGUAUUGGUCUGGGGAUGUUCAAUGCGCUCACCACCUUGCUGGAACAGAUCCUGUUUCCUCACGGGUACAGUACCGACGACGCUGGGCUGGCGGGGGCCCUGAUAAUUCUCGGAGGACUGGCAGGCGCAGGUCUGACUGGCCCCAUUCUGGACAAGACCAGGCGGUACAUCGAGGUGCUGCGUGUGUGCCUAUUUGGUGCACUGAUGGGGUUUGUGUGGUUUGCGGCCGUAAGUAGCUCUGCAGGUAAUCUGACCCAGAUCCUGAUAUGCUCGGCUAUAAUGGGGUUCUUUGCAUUUGCUAUCCUGCCCACUUCAUUGGAGUUGGGUGCGGAAUGCACCUAUCCGGUCAAUGAGGGAACCUCAAGUGGAUUCCUGUACAUGAGUGGCCAGGUAUGUGCUUAA